GUCCAGACGAAGCCUCCCCGUGUCUCUGCGCAAAUCUCGGUUCCCGUCUGCACGCUCGCUCGCUUCAUCCGCCAGAAUGCCUCCGCCAAAGGGCCCCCGAGAGCCCAUCGCCGGCCCCGACGUCCCCGAGCCGCCCUUCCCGCUCAAGCUUAGCGGCACAGUCAUCAAGGGCUUCGGCCGCGGCAGCAAAGAGCUGGGCAUUCCCACGGCCAACAUCCCCAUCGAGGGCCUCAGCGUCGGCGGCAACGACCAGCUGCAAAGCGGCAUCUACUACGGCUGGGCCGGGCUGGACUUUAGCAGCGCCAACGGCAGCCCUGCCGAGCUCCAGCACGGCCAGCAACACCCGGACGAGUCGAUGGUCAACAAGGCCAUGCACACGGGCAGCAGGGUCGUCGACGCCGUCGGCAAUGUCCUCUUUGGCUCGCCCGACGAGAACGUCGCCGAGGAGUGGGAGGGCCAGCACCGCGUCCAUCCUAUGGUCGUCAGUAUUGGCUACAACCCUUUCUACAAGAAUACCGUCCGCAGCGUGGAAGUCCACCUCCUGCACGCCUUCACGCACGACUUCUACGGCGCCCACCUCAACCUCAUGAUCCUCGGCUUCAUUCGUCCUGAAUACGACUACGUGGACAAGGAUAGUCUGGUCAAGGAUAUUAGGACCGAUAUCGAGGUUGCGGGACGCAGCUUGGCCCGCCCCGCUUAUGCGAGGUGGGAGAGGGAUGGCUUUUUGACGAGGUUUGGAGAGGGGGAUGUGGGGAGCUAGGGGGGUUUAUAGAGGGGGGAGAGGGAGGGGCAAAGGAGUAGUUAGAUAGCCUUGCUUGCUUGGUUUUCUUUUUAAUUAUUUAUUUUGUUUAUUUACGUCCUUGAUGCCUGGUUUAUUUUCCUUCCCAUGUUGCGUCCUUUUUUUUUUUUUUUUUUUUUUUUUUUUUUUUCCUUUU